AUGGGCAUUCUAGAAUUAUGUGCUUCAAAAAGAGCAACACGUUCCCUCUUCGAUGCUUUGAACGAUCGUAUAUUAUGCAAGGGCUUUCCAAUAUCGUGUGAAAAAAUCGCGAGAGAUGCCAAAGGGUAUGCAGUGGGGAUAACCGAAGAAUGGCACAGUGGUGUUAUUGGGACUGCACCUAUGCUGCACCUCCGUUCAUUGAAUUGUAAAGUAUUAUUACAAAGGAACUAUAAUCGAACUAAUAGCUUGCUAUCAGCUGUCAAGAGAAAUAGCACACUCAGUACAAAUGAAAAGUCGAAUUUCGUUGCCAAAAAAAGAGAGAGCUACAUGUCUCAAGACGAAUUGAAAAAGAAACUGCAAGAAGAACAAAAUCGUAGAAGGAACGCCGAAAGAAGACUCAAUUACAUGAAAGAUAAAAUGGAGAAUGAAAUGAAAUCAUUUACAGAUGAGGAUCACAUAGAUUUCUUACAUAUGUUCCAAAAAGUGGAUCAAGAUACCUUAAACGAGGAUAUGAAAAUAUUUUGGGAAGCACAAAGAAAAGCAUUGGAACAAAAAAAUCUGAAUGGCCACAGGUGGCAUCCAAAGUAAGAAAAAUUUACAGUUAUGUACUAUUUAAAAUAUAAUAUCAAGAUAUAAAAUACAUUCCGUCUUAGGACUUAGGGCCUGUUCAUAUGAGUCCGGUAUAUGGCCCGUUAGACCGGGGAGGCGGAAUAGCCCUGCAAGCGCUAUAUAAAUCACCGCACGAUUUUUUGCGCGAACGCGGUAUUUGUUUUAACUUUGAAAAAAAUACUAUUUUUAUUGACGGAAACUGUUUCAGAAGUUGUAAUAUUGUUGAUUUCUAACUCUUAUUUUGAAUUCUUUCAGUCCGGUUUGCUGGGCAAGCCCACUAUAAGUGUGUUCAUAUGAGCCUGGAAAAGGGGAGAUCUCGCCUCACUCAAACGGGAGGCCAGUAAACCUGGCCAGCCCGGUUCUCGUGUAAAUCAGAUUUUAAAAACAUAUAAAAACAAUUGCAGAGGCGAUAUCUCGCCACUUGCGAGUCAGCCAGGUUUACCGGGCCAGCUCAGCUUAUAUGAAUACUAGGCCCUUAUAUGAACCUAUACAGGCCUAAUAUUACUGCGCAACUGAUCAGUCAACUAGCUAUUUUUUCAUUAAAACGUUCAAAAAAUUGUAUUAAUUAGCGAAACUAUACUAUUUGUUCUCGCUACGUGUUCAUAUAUAGAUGCACAUUUUUUUCAUACAGGGUUAUACGCUUGUGUCUCUCAAUAUGGAAUAGAAGCCCUGAAGCAUAUAAAGAACUUCGUGAAAGCGGCGUGUUAGUUCUACCAUCGGGACGGCUAUUAAGGAUGUACAAGAAUUCAUGUUCUCAAAACCCCGGUCUAAAUGAAUCUGUUGGGCAGUGGAUGAGGCAAGAAUCAAUUAAGAGAAGGAUUGGACCCGAGGGAAGAGAAGGCGGAAUCAUACUGGAUGAAAUGGCGAUACAG